AUGACCAUAGCUUUGAAGGCCAGAGACAAGUAUGAAUUUGUCACUGGUGAAGAACAAGAACCUGUAGCUGGAUCUCCAUUGAGAAAGAGAUGGCAGAGAAUCGACAAUUUGGUAACAUCCUGGAUCCUAAACUCUAUUUCAAAAGAUUUGGUUGAAGCAUUUCUGUAUUAUCAAACUUCCAAAGAUCUCUGGAAUGAACUGUCCACUAGGUAUGGUGAAUCCAAUGGACCUAUGAUUUACCAAAUAAAAAAAGAUAUUUCAGUAACUGUACAAGGUAACCAAACAGUAGCUAAUUACUACACAAAACUUAAAAAAUUCUGGGAUGAAUUGGCUUGUUUAAGGCCCAUUCCCAAGUGCAUCUGUGGAAUUGUAGAAGGAUGUACCUGUGGUGUUAUGAGAGCAGUUUCAGAUCUAGAUGGAGAAGAAAAACUCAUGCAAUUCCUCUUAGGAAGAAGAAAAACUCAUGCAAUUCCUCUUAGGAUUAAAUGA